AGAGAUACGGACAUUCAUGAUGAACAGAGCAAAACGUAACAAAACCAAUAAGAGUGCCAUUUCAUUGCUCCAGUGAGAAUUUUAUGGAAUCGGUUUUAUGUUCCUGUGGAUGUCAACGCAAGCCCUACAUGGUGUUCAACGACACAGAUGUCAUUUUGGAAAGUGCAACAAAUUGGUCGAAAACCACAGAAAAGAGUGCACGGGCAAACAGUUUCCAUGCAAAUGCAGAGACAAUUGUCCUUGGAGUAUUUUUAUUCCUCCUCAUAUUUCUAACCAUCUUAGGCAAUUCGCUGGUUCUGUUAGCUAUGAUUGUGAAGAAGAAACUACGAACUGUUUCAAAUAUGUUCAUAGUAUCGUUAAGUCUUACCGACUUUUUAUUGGGAUCUAUCGUAAUGAUACCAUCUGCACUGCAGAUAAUAUUUCAAGAAUGGAUCUUUCAACAUGAGUUUUGUUCCGUAUGGGUAUCAUUUGACGUAAUGUUGUCCAGUGCUUCUGUGUUAAAUGUUUGUCUAAUCAGCAUAGACCGAUAUAUCUCCAUUCUAACCCCUCUCAGAUACAAAACAGUGAUGACAUUCCAGAAAGCUUUCUUAAUGCUGAUAAUUGCAUGGAGCAUAGCAAUUCUUUCGUCUUUCGUUCCAAUAAUGAAUGGCCUUCACAAUCCUGACGUCCCCUCCUUAAAGAAUUUAACUCUAUUUUCCAGCACUCCGCAGUGUUUGUUCAUUAUCAGUGGAAUAUAUGGCGUAAUCGCCACACCCGUAACGAUUUUAUGUCCAAUUAUCAUAGCCAUUGUACUUUAUUACCGUGUUUCAAAGGAAGCAAAACGACAAGCAUUUUUCGUGGGAACUCUUCUUACCCCAGGAAAUGUUCUUUUGAGACAGCAUGUGCCAGCUAAACACCUGAGGGAACCACUCACCCGUAAGGCUACGGUGACGCUGGGGACAAUUGUCGGUGCUUACGUCACAACAUGGUCCCCGUUUCUGUGUGCCAAUAUCGUAGAGGGAUUCUGUCAGUGUAUUCCUGGAAAGUUGUUUACAGCCUUUGUUUGGUUGGGAUAUUGUAACAGCUUAAUUAACCCAAUUAUUUAUCCCUUAUUUAUGAAAGAUUUCAGGAAAGUGUACGUUUUAGCCCUGUCGAAGUGCUGUCCGUUCUUGCAUAAAAUAAAACAUUUUAGAAUAGAACAUAAGUUAUAUGAGGGAAUUAAGCACCCGACUCUUUAAAGCAAUAUGAGCUGCAUUUUUGAAAAUUUUAUUUUGCUGUUAAAAUGUGUUAUUAUGAUAAAUAAGUAUGUAACUUAAACCUUUAUGAUCAAUUAGACUAAGAUAAAGCAGAAGAAAGACAGACUUCUAUACACAAUGCAAUAUACAGUUUUUUGUAAGAAAUCAUUUUUGGGACGACAAUAAUGUUAUUUUGCUUCAGUUGAAGCUUAUAAAUAGUUCUUCCAUCGCAAAUAUGAACAACAGAAGUUUAUUAACGUUAUUUUUUUCUGUCAUUAAAAUAGUUAUUUACAAUUUUGCAACAAAAAUUCCGACAUCAAAGUUGCAGCUCAUAUUGCUUUAAAACAUCUACUUUAUCACCAACGAAGUGAUGUUAUUCAGUUUUAGUAUGUUUAUAUUAUGCUGUUGACAAUUUUUCACCCCAAUAAUUAAAAUAAAUAUUAAAAAUAUUACAGUA